AUGAUGAUCUUGUCGAUGCGCAAGUUGGCGCUGGGUGCUCUGCUUGUAGCAGGCGCUCGCGCGGACGGGUGGACCGAUCUGCUCAGCAAGUUACGGGAUAACGGUGCCAGCGGAUCAGAUUCUGGCAGCGCAACCGCAACAUCAGUGAGCGCGGCGCUCAGUACCUCUCCACAGGCCACCCCUAGCUCGAGCCCCGUCUCGUCUAGCAUUGCGGCGGCGCGUUCCACAUCUUCAGCCCCAGCCUACAGUGCAAACUCUCCUUUAUCCUCUGACAACGCCCCAAGUACAAGACCUACGACUCAGCUGGAAGACACGACCUCCCACCACAGCCAUUCGAGCUACUCCCCCUCUGACACUCAGUUGACAUCCUACAUCACGUCUGCCCAGUGGACUACCUCAGAGAGCUCUUCGCUCGAUCCCGUCUCGCCAACCUCAGAAAGAGUAACUUCGACUGCAGCGCAGUCUUCUGCAGAACAAUCAUCCGAGCUCACAUCCUCCAGCAGCUCGGACCAUCCUAGUCUCACUAGCGCUUGGGUGGCCGGAACCACUUCGGAAACUCCCAAAAUUGAAACUCACAGCUCAAGCAAUACAGUCUCUCAAUCUUCUCACACCAGCCUAACGUCAACAUCUACAUCCAAUGACGCCACCAAAACGACCUCCUCCACCGAAGGCUUUUUCUCCUCCGUCGCUCAAGCAUUCGCUGAAAGUUCUCAGCAAUCAGAGACGACAAGCUCUGACGCGAAAACUUCCAACCAGAACGAAGGCACUACUAGCCAAAGCGCAACCGCCAUUAGUCAGAGUCAAUCCGCUACCAGUCAGAGUGCAAGCACCACUAGCCAGAGUGAAACCGCUACUAGCCAACGUGCUGCAACUACUAGCCCAAGUGAGGCUACUUCUAGUGAAGGCCAAUAUACCCCCAGUCAGAGUGAGAUAACCACUAGCGAGAGCGAGAACACCGCUAGCAACAGCGAGACCUCUACCAGGCAAAGCUCUACAACUAGCCCUAGUGAAUCUGCCGCUAGCUCAAGCUCGACGACUAUCUCGAGUAGGACAACAGCAGGUCAAGAAGUUAAGAGUAGCAGCAGCAUUGUGACCUUGUCAGAAACUACGUCAGACACUCAAUCAACUGAGAGUUCUAAAGUCCUCACUCUAUCCACAGAAACGAAUCACGAAGAUACUACCUCUUCACUAACAGGAACUUCAACACCUUCCGUUGAGCCAACAAUUUCUUCAACUGAGGCAACCACGUCAGUCAGUACAACUUCUUCUGCGCGCUCCACCUCAGAUCUUUCUACAGCAACAAGCGAAACAAGCUCUGAGGAUUCGGCCACUAGUAUUUCCUCAUUAAACACAGAAGAAAGUACUGCUGCGCCGUCUUCAACAAACGAUCCUGUUGAGUCAACCCAACCGCGCACAAGUUCCCUAAGCACUGACACUAGCACCUCACUGCAAUACGAAAGCACCGCUUUGUACGACUCAGCAACAUCCAGCGCUUUUAGAGAUUCAGAGCCACAGAGUAUCUCAUCUCCUGUCUCGACUAAUCCAACUUCGACAGUUAUGAGCGAAGGCCCCGCGACCUCUUUCGCCAUAUCCACCUCGUCCGAGACACCAGAAGCACAAUAUUCCUCCGCUCCAGCUGCUUCGCAGUUCACGGCGACCGGAUCGGUCCUCACUUCUACUUUCCCUACUGAGGUCUCAAGCACUGCAGAAGAAGUUCAGUACACAACAGAAAUAUCAGAAUCCUCAGAAACUACCAAUUUCCCUACUUCCACUGGAUCCUCCUCAGACACAGUAUUUUUAGAUGUCUCGACCACUUUUGGGUCUGUUGUUUCAAGCGAGACCUCAUAUCUUUACACUGGCUCUUCACAUCAGACUUCCCCAGAAUCGUCGCCUGAACCAACGUCUGAACCAACUUCAACUGACUACCAGUAUACAACGAGCGGUUCACAAGACACCUCAGAGCAGAUACCUCAAACAUCUCCCGCUCCAAGUGAGGCAACGAUCAGCGUUAGUUCAACUCCUCAAUACACAACCGAGACCACUCCUAUGACGAGCGCGUCUGGAUAUGGUGCAAGCUCCGCAAUAACCCCAGAAAGCACCAGUGAGGGCGCUUUUAGCUCAGAGCCAACUUUGACAAGUAGCCAAGCUCCUGUCACCGAAAGCACACAAAUCUCAUCUUGGGCUCAGGAUUUGUCUUCUGCCCCUUUGUCUUUGGCUGACGCUGCCACAUCAUCCCCUCAAUGGAGCGCCGAACCAGCCUUGUCAAGCACAGAUUUUCCGGCUAGCACAGUCUCGUCAAGCGCAGCUGAUAUACCCACUUCAACAGCCUUUGGCACGUCUAGCGGGCCAUGGCAAACUUCGCAAUGGGAUACUGCAGCUGCCUCUUCCAGCACCGAAUACCCUCUAGAGAGCUCAGCGACAACAGUCUCCAGUGGGAGCUCAGAAUCCCCUCUCCCCGGAAGUUAUAUGACGAGUGCAACUUCAUCGGAUGCCGAAGGGAGCUCCGAGAGUGUUUACUCUAGCUCAAAUUACUCACCUGGUAUGGUUUCGACUACUUCUCAGUGGGUUCCUCCAACUCUAUCUUCCAGCAGCGACUAUUCUACAAGCGCAGAACAAAGCUCAGGCAGUUUUUCGGUCACUGAUCAACCUUCUGUGAGCGAUACCCCCUCGAGUUCUGUGUGGAGCCCAAGCACCGAUUCUACAGCGAGCCAAGAUCUUUUCAGAACAUCCUCUUAUAACUCUGAGCUGAGUUCAGAAGCUACAACCCUGAGUUCAGGUUAUACAGCUAGUUCCAGUUCAAUCUUUUCUGCGCAAACUUCAGAAACUUUCUCUUCGGAAUAUGGCGUUACAUCAACACCACCAAAAAGUUUGCCAAGCUCUCAAUAUUCUGUCAGCUCCUCUCAAUUGUCAAGUGAUACAACCUUGGUGGUCAGUUUGAGCUCAGAAUUAGCCUCUUCGGUAUUCUCGGAAUUUUCGUCUGGCGUGUCCACUGGGUCAGCGGUCUUAUCAACCCCUUCGAGUACAAGCACGCUAUAUGCUUCUUCAUCCGAGGCCGUACUUUCGAGCCAACCAUCGGAAGGGAGCACGUUAUCGUUGCCCUCCUCUUCGUUGGGCGCUUCGUCAUCAUCUCCACUCUCAAGUUACAUUGUAACUUCAAAUCCGGUGUCAACCUUGAGUCCAGCACCAACCUCAGAUUCAUUUGCAACUUCAAGCCAAGCAUCGGCCUCAAGUGAUCAAUAUGUUUCAAAUGCGACUCCGUCCUCAUUUAUCGGUGCUACAACUACUCUGGAUACUUUGUCCAAUAGCGAAGAUGUCUCCUCUGCAAGCACCGACGAGCCUACGAAUGUUGUGUCUUCCUCUGCCCCUAAUGGAGAGCUAGGUUCGGUGACACAGCCUGAUGCCAAUUCUGUUCCAAUGACAAUGCCAACCACUGCAGUACUCACAUCUCCAUAUCCCGAGCAGGUCUCUGCAACGUCUGCGGCGCCAGUGGAACCACCUAUUUCUAGCACCUUUGUUCCAACUAGCACCUCGAACUGGCUUCCAACAGCUCUGGUGACAGCCAGCUCGGACACCAAUGAUACCCAGUCUGGAUCAACAGACUCAAAUGGUUCGCAGCUUGCCACUCAAACGCUUCCCCAAGCGAUCGGGGCGCCUACAGAAGUCAGCCAACCAGAAGGUUACACGUUGAUUACGAUUGGUUUCAAGCAAGCUUUGAAUUACCCCUUUGUGGUUACAAACGCAGUUACAAGCGCCCAAAUUUUUGCCUAUCUGCCUGAGACACUCAACUUCCCAUUUGAUGACGCAUUUAGCGACAUUACAGUCGCUAGACUGGGCCCCUUAAAAGUAAGCAACAGAGACUACUUGCUUACUAUAGCCGAAGUUUACUUUCCUUCUGCACAAGUUGAAAACCUGCAAACGCUGAUUCAAAACGACGAAAGUAAAUUUUACGCCAAGAAUGCUACCAAAAACUUGUUGGCUGCUUUUGUUGAUGCCACCAUUCCUCUGACCGGCUUAGUGGAAGAAGAAGGGUCAACUUCAUCUGGAUCUAGUCAGAGCUCAGGAGCUUCAUCUAAUGUUAGCACCUCUUCUGAAGGAGAGAGCGAAGAUGGAGGAAAAUCAGGUUAUAGAAAUUCCGGAACUCUGGGAUCAUCUUACUACAAGUCUUCCACAUUUACAAAACAAGGAGGUAGAAGCAAAUUAGUAGGACUAAUUGUUGGCGUUGUUUGCGGAGCCCUGGUUUACAUUGCUUUGAUGGUGAUAACUUUUAGGUUCAUCAUCAAAAAGAUGCAGCUUAAAGCCAGCAAUCCAAACUUAGAUGAAACGUCAAGUGUCGGUUCGGCUUCCGCCUCCGGUUCAUUGCCGUACGGCAAUGAGAAGGUUGCGGAUGAUCAAGCAUCCAUCACCCCAAGUGCCAAAAUCAACAACUGGAUGCAACAGAACCACUAUGAUGACCUCGCUGCAGGCAACAAUUUAGACAACGCCUCAAGCAAUGAGAAGCCCAGCGCUCUCAAAAUUUCAAGACCAAUUGCUACGGAAAAUUCGUUGGGAUGGAAUGAUGUCUAG